AUGAUAGCGACUAAAAAUUCUUCAGUUCAAAAUUUUUUAUCGAUUAAAUUAGACGAUAUUCCUCGAAGUCCACCACCAUCACGACCUCUAAAUGAAACACGUCCAUUUUCUCCCGAAUAUCCCAUUCACAGAUCGUCUGAUGAUAUUUCCAAUGACUCAAAUCGAAAUAUUAAAUCAAAACCAAUAUUCUUAUCUUAUUCAAAUCAGACGGGAUUCAAUGAACGCUAUUUUGUUAUUCGUUUAUAUCAACAGUUAAUUGAAAAUGGUUUAAAUAAUGUCAUAUGGUUUGAUCAUAAUGAAGGUGUUCAUCAGGAUAAAUCUGCUAGUUGGUUUGCUGAUCGAUUAGAAGCCAUUGAUCUAUCGGUUGCCAGUUUGGUAAUUAUCUCCGAUGCAUACUGUCAUCAACGAUUAAUGAAUAUAGAAGUAAAAGCAAUAUUAGAUCGAAAAUUAGCAUCAUCUGAUGGAACAAGUUCUUAUCAAUUGUACGUUAUCUUCUAUGAUGAAUCAAAAGAUUUUCAGCAUUUUGCAUCUCGAGCCGAUUUUUGUUAUCAAUUUUCAAGUACAGAAUUAUUACUCAGUAUUGAAGAACGAGUUUCAAUCGUUCUUGGUCAUUUAACUACCAAAUUACAACCAUAUAAACAAUUGAAAGAUCAACAAUUAAUAAUUAAACCGGUUGAUGAUGUUGAUAAAGAGUAUCAUUUAAAGAAAAUUUGUGAAUGGAAUAAAUAUGAUAUACAAAAAUUUCUUGUGGAUGUUGGAGUAACUGAAGCGAGUCGUGAUCUAUUUCAAGAACAAAAUAUUGAUGGAUUUUUACUAUUGUCCUGUACAGAAAUUGAAUUGAAACAACGUUUUCAAAUUGAUAAUCGAACAAUACGUCGUCAACUUAUUGAUACAGUCAUACGUACAAUUCAUCGUGAACGGCAAACAUCAAAUCAAUGGCAUCAUUUGGCGAAACAAAAUAAACCAAAAACAGAUUGGAUUUAUUUAAUAUAUGAUCCAGAAGAUUAUCCUCUUGCACUUCAAAUAAUGAUGUUUUUAAGAAGCAAAAAGUUCAAGGUAUUUACUCAUCAGACACAUUAUGGACGUACAAAACAAGAAUUUCUUGCUUUAAAUGGACCAUCAAUGGCUCAAACAAAAGAUGUUAUCUAUUUACUAACAAAAAAAUCGUCACGUUCAACUUUUACAUUUCAUGAAUUAACACUGGCAGAAUGGUUCGAAAAACCUAUAGUCACACUGUAUAUUGAAAAUAUCUGGUAUAAUAUGAGAUCAUCAAUUAGAGCUCUUUUAGCGGAUUAUCCUGCUGUUGAUUUUGCGCAUCAAUCUUUACGCGAAAGUCUUGUGAUAUUACACACUUAUCUACAUCCUCAAAUGGUGACAAAUAUGGCAAAUUUAAUGAUGGAUACGCAUUAUGUAACUAAUUUAAAACAGUCUGUUCAACCACUAAUCAGUAUGGUGAUGAAGAUUAAGAAAAAACCCACGAUUGAAGCAAAUAACGAUUAUGGACGUUUCAUUUAUUUGAGUUAUUCAAAUGAAAAAUGGAACAUUCUUCAUUCAAUAGAACGCUUAACAAUUGUACUUGAAUUAAAUCAUUUCAAAACGGGCGUACAUGUUUACGAUACGAAAAAUGAUAUCAGGGAAAAUACUAGUGAUUAUUUGCCUAAAAUACAAUCAAAAUCAUCUUCAAAUAAUACAGAUUAUCAUCAACCACAUCAAAAUUCAACUCAUCGAAAUCUUAAACGUACUGUCACACCGGCUGAUAUCCAACGUUGUCGAAUCGUACUUCUAUGUUUAACUACAAAUUAUUUUAAAAAUGAAAAUUGUUUAAAUGAAUUACGUCUAGCAGAAUUAUAUAAUAAGCCAAUCAUUAUUUGUAUAUUACGAUAUAUAAAUCAUCAUAAUACAACUAAAAAAAUUAUUUGGAAUAUUGAUGAACAAAUAACAAAAUUAACAUCAAAUACAAUACCGAUGACCACUUUAAAUUUUCUUAAAAAACAAACUCAUUCAUGCAUUGAUCUAAGUACAAAUGAAUUAUUUUCAAAAAAUUCACAAACAUUAAUUAAACGUUUAGAAAAAAUUUUGACUAACAUUCCGAACAACAAUAAUAAUACAAAAGAAGAUAAUAACUUUUCUGAUGUAUCCCAACAACAAAAGCAAGAACAGCAAAUACCAUCUGGGUUGACGCAAGCUCCUCAAUGGCCUCCUCAAAUGUAUCCCGGUUAUCCACCACAAUUUAUGCCUCCGGGAUAUGGAAUGCCAUAUGGUGUUUAUCCCCCAAUGUUUUCUGGUGUGGAUCCAAAUAGGCCGCCGUCACGUCAGAGUAUUUCAAAUGAUUACUCGCUUUCGUCGUCAAGAUCCAUAAUUGAUGGCAGUACUGGUGGUCCAUCAUCCGCUUCAACGUCUGACAUUGCACAAGCACCAACGCAACCACAACCUCUCAUAUCUCAACCUCAACAAUUUCCAGGUUUUAUUCCUCCUGGUAUGUUUAAUCCAUGGUUUGAUCCAUUUUGGGUAUCAGUUUACGGCACCUUUUCGCAUCCUUAUGGAUAUGGUUAUACAGAUGAAAUGAUGAAAUAUUAUAGAAAUAUGAUCGGUGCAGAAGACGAUCGUUAUAGUCAUCAUUCAAAUUAUUCUCAAUCGAAAGUAUCACAACAUAGUUCAUCAUUACACACAUGGGGCUCAAUUGACUCGCUAAACGAUGCAUACUAUCAGGGCUACAAUCCGACGAUUAAUGGGACUGGAUCAAAGUCGCAACAACCGCAAUAUCAACAACCGCAAUAUCAACAACCGCAACAUCAACAACCGCAACAGCAAUUAAGACGACCCGUUCAGCCUCAACAAGUCCAACCAAAUUUACCACCUAACGAUCAAGAUCAAAAUAAAUUGUUAUUAACUACCACGAAACCUCAUGCACCGGUAGAACAGAAGGAGGAAUCAUCUGAGGAGGAUGACGACGAGGACGAUGAUAGCGAGGAAAGUCAACGAUCUGAAGAUGAUGCUAGCAGUGAUCGAUUUAGUAUCAAGUCGGAUUUAGCUGGCGUUGUGGAGGAGACUGCGCGACGAACACCCCUCUUGUUGAUUCGACCACACUUACGUGUGAAGUUUUCGUUCGAUCAAAUAAUUAAAGUAUUACCACAAUCUCCUAGUGACACUGGGCAACCAGCAACAGUGGAAAUUGUAGAUUCAAAUAAUUUCCAUGAUCAUUCACAGAUACUUGAUGAAGAACGUCAAAUUUUAGUAGAUUUCAUUGGACCGUUGACAGCUUCAACGGGCAAGCAAAAUGUUUUACGCUAUUGUGAAAAACAAGCUCAAAGCGUGCUGAAAACAAGUACAGCUAUUGACAAAGAUGCUCUAUCAUUAUUAUGGCAAUACAUGGCACUUUUAGUGAAAACAAACGCUAUGAUUGACGUGCGCAUCGACAUUCCAAAGUUAUUAUGGACAGCAAGUACUUCGGACACCAUUUUAAACAAUUCACAUGAAUUAUCACCAUCAUCUACGACAAAUGAUCAACAAACAUCAAUCGUACAAAAUUCAUUGAGAGAAUUUUUGAUGCUCGGUGAAAUCGAUAAUAGUGUACAAUUUGCUUGUAAAAAUCAUCUUGAUACUCACGCAUUGAUUAUAUCUUAUCAGACGGACGAACGUUUAUUUAAAAAAACCAUGAGCGAUAUUAUUUCUAAUCUUGAUAACGGUGAUAUUUUGAAAACAUUUUAUGAAUUAGGAACUGGAUCAACACCAUCGGUAGUGACUAAUGUAACUAAACCACAUUAUGGCGAUUGGCGAAGACAUUUGGCCGUUAUUGUAGCAAAUCGUACAGAAUCGAAUGCAUCUUUUGUUGAUCUAUGUAUAAAAACUAUGGGUGAUACACUCGGUGAGAUGACCUUCAUACUGUCUCAACUAUUAUUUCACAACUACUAUUUUCGUUUCACAGCAUCAUCUGGUCGUAUCUAUUCAAGUCAUUUUUGUUACUUAAUUGGCAAUAUACCAUUUGGUUCUUAUAGAAACAAUGCAGAUAAAUUAGCUGUACUUGGAAGUACUCAUGUUGGACAAUCGCAUCUAUCAUUUGCUGAACUAACCAAUAUACAGUUGACAGAAGUGUAUGAAUAUGCCAUUCGAAAAUCGUUACCGACUUUUACUCCACUGAAAAUCUAUUACACAUCAAAAUUAGUCUUGUAUGGUUUACGACAAGAAGCUUUUGCUUAUUGUGAAGAGAUUGGUCGAACAUUAGUAAUUAGUCAAGGAAAUUUGACCCAUCUGCAACUGUCUGAUUUACAGUUGUUUAUUACGAUCGCCGAAAAAUCACGUGCAUUCAAUCGAAAUUUUCAGUUAGAUCCAUCUACGUAUGAAGAUCCAUCAUGGCUCAUCAAAAUACGACAUCUCUUUCAAAUAAUACUCGGCAAAACAUUCCAUAAAACCAUAUCACAAAACUUAACAGAUAAUAAUCAGUUUCAAAAUUCCCAGAAGCCAGUAGAAAAUUAUAUCGAAAAUAAGGAAACAAGCUCCAAUUUAUUCGUGCCUUCUCCACCAUCAGCAGACGUAUUUACGUCUUCAUUACCAACACAAACAGCAUCAGUACCUCCGCCUUCGUUCCAAUACAAUUCCACAAAUUAUUCUGCAAACAAUUAUCCGACUACUGCUACUAAUAGUGAACUACCAUCGUACUCACAAACCCAAAAUACUCUUGCAUCAAACUAUUACAACAAUCUAACAGUAGAUACAAGUUCCAAUCAACAACAAAAUUCGUACUAUCAACCAGUACAAGAGCAAGAGCAACUACAAUCUUACAAUCAAAAUCUGUCAGAUCAACAGUGGCAAACAGCACAACAGCAACAAAAUCAUCCAGAACCUCGGAUAACUCAAACUGAGGUACCUCAACAACAACGGCAACAUUUUCAAAUUCCGACUGAACAACAACCAUUUCAAAUAUCAUCGCAGUCUCUUAUUCCAAACAAACAGCCAUCCUAUAUAAUGCCAGAUCAAAUGUCAACACAUCAAACGUGGUACCAACCACCAGGCGUAGAACAUCAGCAGUCAUCACAACAAAUACUCCAGUCAGAAAGAGAAACAUUGCCAUUGAAUGAACAGGUAUAUGAUGAAUAUCGCACAAACGACAAUCACUUGCAACAAAAUGGUUAUCAUACAAAGAAAUCUUAUGAUUAUUUUGAUGAUGACGAUGAUGAGGAUGAUGAGGAUGAUGACGAUUCUGUUUUUUCGAAUAAAAGUGGCGAGAACAAAAUGGUACCACGGGGAAAGUCGAAUGUAAAUUCAAAUCUACAACAGCCCAAAACUAGCAUGAUUGGUGGUUUUUUUGAUCGAAUUACAACAAUUUGGCCAAAGAAACUACCUCACGAGCAUUUAUCCAAUGAUAAAAUAGCAUUGAACUAUGAUGAAAAAGGUGGUCGAUCGAUUGUUCCAAACAAACCCGCUGAUGAAAAUAAAUCAGCAUUAAUUACACCACUAUCGGUAAAUGCGUCAUUAUCACCUGGGAACAAAUCAAACACAACUUCGUCUCAACAAUCUCUGCAUUUCAAUUCAAUGGCUACUUCAGUCAUACCACAACAACUUUCACAAUCCUCACAACUCAAUCCAAUGACAAACACAACGUCCACAACUCAAGCACAAACAAGAUCAGUUAAUUUCAAUUCAGCGAGAACAACAACAGUGUCUAGCCAAAUCCAGUCACAACCAGCACAAUUAAAUUCUCAAAUACAAUCGACACAAUCACCACCACAAUUUAAUUCGCAACCACAACCGUUUGAUUCUCAAAUGCAGUCUCAACAGCACCAACCACCUUUGUCAGCAAAUAAUCUAAGUCAGCAACCAUCAAUGGUUCAACAGUAUCAGACUUCGCCAUUAUCACAAGCUCAACAAAAGCUUCAGAAUAUAAGAGAAAAGCAAAAACAACAACAGCAACAAAUUCAGACCCCACCGCUAAACACAUCAAAUCAAUAUUCUUUGAAAAAUCGCCAAAAUCAAUCACGUUAUGUUGAUAUCUUAGCAUCAAAAGCGGUACCUGUCAACCCAAAUUUAUCUUUGAAUGACUUAGGUGCUAUUACAUCAACGAUGACACAAUCCAAUUAUUUCAUUCCGGGACCAACCAAUAACGGUGAUACAACAAAUUAA